AACCGCUCGGCCCCCAUGAAGCCCGCCAGGGCGUCCCAGCGCUACAGAAGCAUCCGGAGAAACACCGGCCAGCGCUGCCUGUACCAGGAGUCCCUGUUGCUCGGCAAGUUGGACGACAGCUUUAAUGCUGAUGAAACAGGGGACAGCAAUGAUCCAGAACAAAUCUUCCAGAAUAUUCAGUUCCAGAAAGAUCUCAUGGCAAACAUUCGCUGCAGACCCUGGACCAUGAGGCAGAAGCUGGGAGCACUGAGGCGAGCGAAGGAGAUUGUGCUGAAGUUCGAAGGGAGGCUGACCAGGACCCGAGGAUACCAAGCGGCAGGUGCAGAGCUGUGGCGGAAAUUUGCUCGCGGGGCCUGUAACUUCAUGGUCACCUUCAUCCCCUGGGAAAUGAGGAUAAAGAAAAUCGAGAGUCAUUUUGGAUCUGGUGUCGCCUCCUACUUCAUAUUCUUGAGAUGGUUAUUUGGAAUUAAUAUUGUGCUCACAGUGAUGACAGGUGCUUUUAUCGUCAUUCCAGAGCUCAUUGCGGGCCAGCCCUUCGGAAGCACGGACAGCAAGACGAUCCCCAAGGAGAGUGUUAUGUCUGCCCGAGACCUGGACACCGUCUGGUCCCUGGGGGGUUAUCUACAGUACUCUGUCCUCUUCUACGGCUAUUACGGCAGGGAGAGAAGGAUCGGGAGAGUGGGCUACCGGCUGCCCCUGGCGUACUUCCUGGUGGGCAUGGCUGUGUUUGCUUACAGCUUCAUCAUCCUCUUAAAAAAGAUGGCCAAGAACUCGCGCAUGAGCCUCGCCAGAGCCUCCAAUGAAAACUACACGUUCUGCUGGCGGGUGUUCUGUGCCUGGGAUUACCUCAUCGGAAACCCAGAGGCCGCCGAGAGCAAAACGGCCGCCAUCGUAAACAGCAUCAGGGAGGCCAUCCUGGAAGAACAGGAGAAGGAGAAAAGUAAAAACCUGGCAGUGACCGUGUGCCUGAGGGUUGUUGCCAACGUCCUGGUGCUUCUGUUGCUCGCCGGGAGCAUCUGCCUCAUCUACCUCGUGGUGGACCGGUCCCAGAAGCUGGAGCAGUCAAAGAAGGAGCUGACGCUCUGGGAGAAGAACGAGGUGAGUGUGGUCGUCUCCCUGGUCACCAUGCUGGCCCCAUCAGCCUUCGACCUCAUCGCCGCCCUGGAGAUGUACCACCCGCGGACCACGCUGCGUUUUCAGCUGGCGAGGGUCCUCGUGCUGUACCUGGGGAACCUCUACAGCCUGAUCAUCGCUCUCCUGGACAAAGUUAACAGCAUGAGCGCUGAGGAAGCUGCCACCAGCAGUAACGCGAGCCACUGGACGGGUUCUACUGUCUUCUUGGCUGCCAGUGCGGCCCCGGAAGGGGAGAAAUGGGCCACACGUGGGCCCGGGACCGGGCUCGGGAGAGGCGGAAUGUGGACCCCAGAGGAGGCUGGCCUGCCGACCCCCACCUUGCCCCUCGCGGGGGCCAACAAGACCGCCAUCUACACCCAGAGUCUUCAAGACCAGUGCUGGGAGACAUACGUCGGCCAGGAGAUGCUGAAGCUUUCCAUCAUCGACAUGCUCUUCACCGUGGCCAGCAUUCUGCUCAUCGACUUCUUCCGAGGACUUUUCGUCCGGUACCUAAGCGACUACUGGUGCUGGGACCUGGAAAGCAAGUUUCCUGAAUACGGGGAAUUCAAAAUAGCAGAGAACGUGUUACAUUUAGUCUACAACCAAGGAAUGAUUUGGAUGGGGGCCUUCUUCUCCCCGUGCCUCCCGGCGUUCAACGUGCUCAAGCUGAUCGGGCUCAUGUACCUGAGGAGCUGGGCCGUGCUCACCUGCAACGUGCCCCACCAGCAGGUGUUCCGGGCCUCCAGAUCCAACAACUUCUGCGUGGCGAUGCUCCUGUUCAUGCUGUUUCUGUGCAUGCUGCCCACUGUCUUUGCUAUUGCUCGGUACAAGCCGUCUCUGAACUGCGGGCCCUUCAGCGGACAAGAGAAGAUGUACGACGUCGUGUCGGAGACCAUCGAGGAGGACUUCCCCGCGUGGUUCGGCUCCGUGGUGGGGUACGUCAGCAGCCCCGUGGUCAUCCUGCCGGCCACACUGCUGCUGUUCAUGGUCAUCUAUUACCUUCAGAGCAUCGCAAGAUCCUUAAAGCUCAGCAACCAGCAGCUCAGAAUGCAAAUCCAAAACGCCAGAUCUGAAGACAAGAAAAAGGUUGCCCAAAUGGUAGAGGCCCGAAUCCAAGCCCAAGAAGAAAGCAGCAAGAGGCUUCCCAAGGACGGCGACCUCGGCAGCCAGCUGUCCUCAGCUCACUCGGGGACACCCCAGAGCAACGGCGCCGUGGUCAAUUGGGACUCAUGCAGCAGUGAGAGGGGCAGGGUAGAGGCCGCUGCCCAGCACACACCCCCGAGUCCCCAGCCAGGCCCCCGCAGCCCCAGCUCGCCUCUUCCCGGCACGUCCAAACCCAGGCCGGGGCAGGACACGAACAGGCGCCCGCGUGGUCCUUGCGUGAGCACAGGUGACCGGCGCAGGAGCAGACCCCGCUCACCUGUGAUGCUGACAAAGCCCAUCGAAGACGCUCACUCAGAACCUCUUUUCCAAAAAGGCUUUCAGCACAUCAGCCCUCCCCUUGGCGGACCGGGCCCCUCGGCCUGGGCACCGCGUGGUCGCAGGCCCCGGGCCCCCAGCUACUACAUCGUUAAUGAGCGAGACUCUCACAAAAAUUCCCAUCCAACUUUCUGGCCAGAGAGACAUUUCCGGAUGGAUGCCCUGGGGGACCUGGUGGAGGUGUACCCCAGGAGCACGCGACAAGCUGUGUCCCGGGGCCCCCGGCAGGGUGGCUCCCCGCAGCUGAGUGAGGAAGACGAGGACGCCCCGCGGAGGCAGCUGAUGGAAGGUUCUUUCCACCCACACGCCCCGGCGGGCCUCCGAGGGGCUCCUCACUUCCGUGUUGGCGAAAGGUCAGAGAGGCAGACCCCGGCCCCCAAGCACCAGGGAAGGGUGCCCCACGGGUCCUGGAGUGACGGCUUGGAGACUCAACUCGACAGGCCGGUGUACGUGCACAAGAAACCACGCUCCCGGGGCUCCCAGUACCCACAGCACCCCCCGAACCUCAGGGACAGGCCGGAGUUUGAGCCACCCCUGAUGGAACUGGACUCCGUGUCAGCAGCGUCCAGCAGCGACCAGCGGGACAGCAGCUGUGAGCGAUACUUCUGGGUCCCCCACGGCAAGGGCAGGUUCCCAAGGCCUGCGCUCCAGCUCGGCAGGAGAAAGGCCACAUCCAGGCAGGAGCUGAUCGCGGAUCUGAAUGACCUGGUUUGUUCUAACGUCUAGAGACUUCGUCCUGUUGGUUCGGAGCCCAGUUGGAGUGCCGGUCUGCUGGUCUGACGGCGAAUGGUCCCCCCCCCCCCACUUCUGGAAGGAGACUCGAACACACAGC